AUGACCUGGGAUAUCACAACAGAUUUUGAGUACGUCGUGAUGAAGAAGCUUCCGCCGAGAAUAUGUUUUGGGACCGGCCUGGCCAGGGAUGUGUUGCCAAUAAAAGGACCGUGCGUCAGUUCUUUUAUGAAGAGAAACGUUGCUGAAGUGAGACCCAAUCUGGGUCCAGGAAGUUACGAUAUCAAACGUGACGCUUUCUACGAUGUUGAGAAUAGGAUUUACAGCAAGAAUGGUCUCGGAUCGAAAGUGCCGCGAUGGAAAACGAAACAUGAGUACCAGCCGCCUCCUCGUGAAGUUCCACCUGAGAAACCAGCUGAACAGAAUUGUGCUCCGUUCAACUCAACUUCGAAACGAAAGGGAAUAUUUAAAACGACUUCAUGUCCAGCGCCCUGUGACUACUGUCCUGAAUACAGGAAGCGUCAAAUGAAGUUCGCUUACAGUUUUUCAGGAAAGAAAGUUCUGAAAUGUGCUGUUCAAAUCAAAUGUGUGCCGUAUAAUUUGGAUGCCUGCGGGUUUUGCGGCUGUUCCUGCUCAGCGCAAGGCGACUAUUGGCAGUACGAGAAUCGCAUAUUUCUCUGUCGAAAACAUUACGCGAGACUGUUCAGGCAUUGCCUAGCAAAGUUUCAAGGCGCUAAGCUGGCAGAAUUUAAGUCUGUCAGAGAUUGUUUCUUCGCACAUUCCCACAAUAGCUGUAAAGCUGCUCUGAAGAUCAUGAAGAGUGAAGAUAUCGAAAAGAAGCUGAGAAAAGAAGCCUAUCUUGAUUUAUAUUUCCCUCAACGUCGUUUUUGUAAUGAAUAG